GAUGCGCUUGCGCCGAGGCCCCGACCAAAGUCCGGCUUCCGUCUUCACUCGCCGUGCUAGGAAGGCUCGCUUUAUGAUGCUUCUCAGCUUCCUCUGACGCUUCCUCUCCCUCUGGACGUCCUCCGGCCCCUGGCCCGGCUGGCUCCUAGUCAGCCGGGCGGCCCAGCCAUGACGCGGCGGCAGCCGCCAGACGCUGGCUGCCGGGCCCUCGACGCCCUGGCGCUGCUGGCCCUGGCCUUGUGCUCGCCAGGAUCCUGGGGCCGGGCGCUGGAGUGGUACUUGGCUGUGGUGAGAAUCGAGUACUUGGAGCAGACGAACCGCACCACCUGUAGAGUUUUGGAGAGCGGCCGCUUUGGCGACAGCUCGCCCAAGGAGGGCGCUCUAGGCCCGGUGGGAGUCCAGCGCAUGGUGGACGGUGACCCUGAGGGUUCCGUACCGUACACGCGCUUCAUUGUGCCCCGACCCGGCGGCUGGGGGGCUGUGUCUUGGGUCGCCCUGUUGCCACGCGGGGGCUGCAUCUUAAAGGACAAAGUGCUGGUGGCUGCUCGGAGGAAUGCUUCCGCCGUGGUGAUCUAUAACGAGGAGCGCCUCACCGCGCCCCUGUCCCAUGCUGGAACAGGAAAUAUACUGGUCAUUAUGGUUAGCUACACAGAAGGAAAGGAGAUUUUGGAUCUGGUGCAAAGAGAAACUCAAGUCAAAAUGAAUAGUGGUCAGUCUGUCAUGUUUGUGGACAUUGCCUUCAUCACCAUGAUGAUUAUCUCAUUAGCGUGGCUGAUAUUUUACUAUAUACAGCUUUUCCAGUAUACUGGCUCACAGUUUGGAAGUCAGGGAGAGCUUGAAGAUGUCCAGGAGAUGCCCACUCCAGAAUCAGCCCCUGGAAGUGUUUUGGCUGCAAAUUUGAUUAUUACUGUACAAGAUGGUGACAGAAAUGAUAGGAGUGAUUCAUCACCCUCCACUAAUGAAUCCAUGCCACAGAUGAAUGUACAUUUUAAAGAAGAUGCAGAUGAAAACACAGCCUUACUAGUUGGCAGGCAGCCUGUGAAAAAGGGUGUCCAUGAAUGUGAAGCAUCCAACGUGGUCCCCUGCCUGCCCAUGUGCUGCUUUGGGGUGCCCCUUCAGAAACCAGGAAAGGCUGGAGAGGCGUGGAAACAGGACCAGGUCAGAUGGUUUGAAGAUAUUAAAGCAAAAAACCGGAACUAGAAAAUCUGGAGAAUUCAAGAUGUGUUUAAGACAAAAAGUUAAAUUGAACUCAUCUGAAUACACUUAAAAGUUGAUUACAUAAAAAAGGGGAAAAAAGUAAAAAUCCAUGGAAAGUUAAUUGUGGUUACUGAAUCCCAGCAUUAUAGUUUCUUAUAUUUCAGGUAAAUUUUCCUCUGCUUUUAAACCUGUUUAAUUAAGAACCUUUUGCUGAUGUUCUAAAUAUAAAUCUUAAAUCAGGUUUAUAUAUUAUGUUCUAUAAAUAUAACUACUGUUCUUUGUAAGCUAUUUGAAAUAAAUUUGAAAGCCUUUCCUCUUUCAAAAAAACACCAAUAUUGUGAUCUUGAGAUGAUCAGCAGCCAUCACUCUAUUCAGAGUCCAUGUCUGUGAAUUUGCCUAAAAUGUAUUUGUAACCUGAAAAUCAGUAUGGGUAAUACUUUUGCAGUUGUUUGUGGACAUGUACAGAGCAGUAAAAAUUCUAGUUGCCUGACAUACAUGCUCCAGUUGAGGAAGAUUCUUGUUUCAGCUCUCAAACUGUCAACAUGUAACCUUUUCAUGGUCUAUUUAUUGCCCCAGUUUGUAUUUUUUGUCCAUAGUUUCACAUUUAUAAAUGGCGCCCAAGUAUAGUGCUUAAGUGCUGUCUACUUGUUCCAAGCACAAAGUUGUGAUGUGCCUCACAGAAAAAAUGUAUGUUAAACUUUGUUCACACAAGAGUUCCAGUGCUACUGGCCAUGAGCUUAAUGUUAUCAGAGAAUCAGGAACCUAAGGUAGGUUGUUACCAACAGUGACAGUGGUUGAAACUUUGCUAUUCCAAAAGUAUUUUUGAAUAAUGAACCUUUUCCCCCAAUGCUAAUAUGCAAAAAAUAGUGAUGCUCACUUUAAGGUAUUGAGAGAAAAGCAGGUUUGUUGCCAUCAUUUCAGAUGUCUGAUGGUACUCCUCUGUUACAUCAGCUUGGGUCCUUACUUUAAGCAAAUGUACUUAUAAAUCUCUUACUUUUAUAAGGUUAUCUAAAAUAAAAUUUGUUAUAAAUCUAA